AUGGCCGAAGUACUCCAAUCACCAUCCCACUUCCCUUCUCCUUCAAGCUCCACUUCCUGUGCUCCUAAUGAUGGCCCACACCAACAACAACCGCAUACCCUUAUUGACGGUGACACCAUAACCAUAGAGACCACAAGAGCAGCCCAAGAAGGAGGCCAAGACAUAGAAGAAGAAGAAGAAAAAGAAGAAGAAGAAGAAGUGCAAGAUCAAGAAAGGGAGAGAGAGACGAAAGAGAGGGACAGGGAGGGGGAUCAACUGUCGCUUUUGGCACUGUUGGUGACUGCUUUUAGGAAGUCUUUGUUGAUUGGGUGCAGCGUUAGUGCUACUGGGGGUAAGGAGCUCUGUUCAAUGGAGAUUGGAUUGCCCACCAAUGUUAGGCAUGUUGCACAUGUAACGUUUGACAGGUUCAAUGGGUUCCUUGGCUUGCCUGUUGAGUUUGAACCUGAGGUUCCCAGGAGGGCCCCCAGUGCCAGUGCAACUGUUUUUGGAGUUUCAACGGAGUCAAUGCAACUUUCAUUUGACUCUAGAGGGAAUAGCGUACCUGCUAUACUCCUGAUGAUGCAAAGGCACUUGUAUGCCCGAGGUGGUCUGCAGGCAGAAGGAAUUUUUAGAAUAAAUGCCGAGAACAGCCAUGAGGAAUAUGUCAGGGAACAGCUAAAUAGGGGUGUAAUUCCGGAUGAUAUAGAUGUGCACUGCUUGGCAGGUCUUAUAAAGGCUUGGUUCAGAGAACUUCCUACUGGUAUAUUGGACUCUCUUUCACCAGAGCAGGUGAUGCAGUCUCACUCGGAAGAGGAAUGCGUUCAUCUUGUCAGGCAACUUCCACCAAUAGAGGCCGCUUUGCUAGAUUGGACAAUAAAUCUAAUGGCCGACGUUGCACAGAUGGAACACCUGAACAAGAUGAAUGCGCGUAACGUUGCUAUGGUUUUUGCCCCAAACAUGACCCAAAUGUCUGAUCCUUUGACUGCAUUGAUGUAUGCUGUUCAAGUGAUGAAUUUCCUCAAGACCCUCAUCAUCAAGACGCUUAGAGAAAGAGAAGACUCAAUUGUAGACUCAACUCCUCUGUCUUCCCCAGAGCCUUCUGAUGAGGAUGGCCACCGAAGUUCUUUGCAACCGUUAUCGAACAAGGCUAAUGAGGAGGCCGUUGAGGCAAAUGAAGAGGAUAAGUUGUUUGUCGCUGGUGAGCCUGCUUCAGAGAGUCCUUCUCACCCUCCUCAUUAUGAUUCUACCCCUGAAAGAGUACCGCAAAAUUUACUGACUUCUAUCGAGAAUAUCAUCCCCGAAGGAAAUCGGUCUCUGGUUGAUAAUUGUCCUUGUGAGGUUGUAUCUGAAGCAAAUUCCUUAACAAGUGGAGGGGGUCAAACAAACUUGUGCAGGAGCAAAUCUGGUCCAUCAAUUAAUUCAAAUCUGAAGAAGGGACCAAAAAAGAUGAAUGAGCGGUUGAUAAUUUCGUCAGCCGAAGCUUUUGAGAAGAGGAAGGGGACGAGAAUCGUUGCUCGUAUAAAUUCAAGAACAGAGAUGGUUGAAGCUUGGCGAUGAAUGGGAUUACGUGGGAUGCGGAGAACUUGGGGGUAUGCCAACUGGAAAAGAAGUUGGUACAUUGUGUGUCUUCUUGCUUUGUAAAGAUUUGUGUAUGAUUUACUUGCCUGCUUGGAGUUGUGUAACUUUAACUUGGAGUGUUGUUUCUCAACCUUCUCAUGCUUUUAUGUUAAGAUUUCUCCCUUAACCCACUCAAGGAAA